AUGGUUGAAAACAUACCAGCAUUGAUAGCGCGAAGAGGCCAAUUAAGGGCAGCGAUAACUAGAUUCUCAACUUAUAUACAGUCAGAAGGACGAGAAGUCGUACAGAUUGAGAUUCGUAAAGCAAAAAUAGAAGAGAACUGGUACGAAUUUGAAAAGGUACAAUCGGCAAUAGAAGACAACGAUGAAGAAAUUCGAAAUACAAAUGAGCAUUAUCCCUACCGAAUAGAAUUUGAAAACUUGUACUUCAAGAUCAUGUCAGAAGCCGAGAUAUGUAUAAGAGCAUCAAAAAAGGAAAAUUCGAAGGUCGAAACAAAAAAUUUAAUCGAUUGGGGUCAUAGCAGCGAAGAAAAAACACAAAGAAACAGUACUAAAUCAAUAGUCAGAUUGGCUCCAUUGAAUAUUCCCGUUUUUUCAGGAAAAUAUGACGAAUGGAUGUCAUUUAAGGAUAUUUAUACGUCUGUAAUACAUACUAACGAGGACUUGACAGCCAUAGAAAAGUUUUUCUAUUUAAGGUCAUCUCUGUCUAACGACGCAGCAAGUUGUAUAAAAUAUUUGGAAACUACCGCAACAAAUUAUGAUACAGCUUGGAAAAGUCUGAUCAAUCGAUACGACAACAAAAAAAUUUUGAUACAGACGCACGUAAAAAAUAUUGUAGAUUUGCCUUCAAUAAACGAGAGCAACUCUACAAAAUUACGUCAAUUUUCUGACGAUCUCGUCAGCAAUAUGAAAGCUCUAGAAACGCUUGGACAGAAGCCGAAAGAGUGGGGCCCGCUGUUGUUGCAUAUACUGUGUUCAAAAUUAAACAACGAGACGUUAAAAGAGUGGGAGAUUAAAUCGGUUAAGGACAAAAUACCGUCUGUUACGGAAUUAAUCCAGUUCAUAGAGGAUCGAUUCCAAAUAUCCGAAUCCAUUGAAUCGUCGAAAUAUAUAAAUACAGAGUCUGCAGUAAAGGAAAAAGGUCUUACAAAGUUUAGUAAAAAUAAUAAAUACAAAGCCGCAACAAGUUCAACGGCAUUUACAUCGACAGCUACGGCUGUAUGCUAUGCGUGCAAUCAGCCGCACACCAUUUAUAAAUGUCCCGUAUUUACUGCUUUAUCGACACGUGAUCGUAUUGACAAGGUAGUCCAACUAGAGCUGUGCAAAAUUUGUUUACGCAAACACAGCGGUAGUAAAUGUUUUGGUAAAUAUUGUUUUAAAUGUAAUAAACCACAUAAUACGAUGUUACAUUUAAACCAAAAACCUAGUAUCAACGAACAGGUAGUAAACACAGAUAAAGGUGAACAGACGGCGACGACGUCAUCAACGACAGCACAUGUCGCUAAUGAGACCGAUAACGUGUUGCUAGGUACCGCGGUAGUAGAAGUAUUCGGCUUAAACGGCGAAAAGACUUACGCCCGGGCAUUGCUCGAUUCGGGGUCUACUAAUCAUUUCAUUUGUUCGGAGUUGGUAAACAGUUUAAAAUUAAAUAAACAUAAGACAAAUCAUAUUGUUUACGGAAUUGGGAGUUCAAAACAGAACGUGACGUCAACGGUAUCGUUAAGAAUCAAAUCGCGCGUGAGUGAUUAUGAAAUAAACACGCAAUUAUUAAUUGUUCCAAAAAUCACGGGAGAUUUACCCGCGCGAAGGGUGUCCAAAAGUAAAGUUAAACUCGAAAAGAUUACACUUGCGGAUCCGUCAUAUAACGUUCCUCAAAAAAUUGACAUAUUAAUUGGAGCACGUCAUUUUUAUGAUAUUGUGGGAGCUCAGCAGUAUAAACCGGAUGCAAAUGGCCCUGUAUAUCGCGAGUCUAAAUUUGGAUAUAUUAUUUCUGGUUUAACAUCAAACGACACAAACAUAAAAAAGACGAUUUCCUGUUAUGCCUCAAACAGUCACGAAAAUAUUCAUGAAAACAAAUAUGAGUCUUUAGAAAAUGUAAUACAACAGUUUUGGCGCAUCGAGGAUUACGGCCAAAGCAAACCUUACACGAUGGAAGAACAAACUUGUGAACAACAUUUCAAGCAAAAUGUUAGUCGCAGCGAGAGCGGUCGAUUUGUUGUACAUCUGCCGUUCCGCGGAAACGUCUCAAAAUUAGGCAAGUCUUACGACAUCGCAAAAAGAAGAUUAUUCGCAAUAGAAAGGCGGUUUAUAAAAAAUCCCUCGCUGAAAGGGGAUUACGUAAAGUUUAUGGCCGAAUAUGAAAAAUUAAACCAUAUGACACAGAAUAUGGAUAACGAAGAAAUCGAAUUGCCCGGUCGUAUGUGCUAUCUAGCUCACCAUUGCGUCCAAAAUGAAAACAGUCUCACAACAAAAUUACGCGUAGUAUUUGAUGCCUCAACAAAAACAGAAAGUGGGUUUAGUUUAAACGACGUACUGCAAAAGGGACCGUCAAUACAAGAGGAAUUAAUUCACAUAUUAGCCAGAUUUCGCACGCAUAAUUUUGUGGUAACUGCCGAUAUAAAAAAAAUGUACCGACAGAUACAGGUCUGUAAGAAACAUCGUGAUUAUCAACGUAUAUUGUGGAGAGAGAACGUUAAUGACCCUAUAAAGAUAUAUCGAUUAAACACUGUCACCUAUGGGACAGUACCUGCUUCUUAUCUCGCGACGGCUUGUUUACAAAGAUUAUCGGAAAUCGGACAAGGUCAAUAUCCAACAGUAGCACCAUUAAUUGCACGGGAUUUUUAUAUGGACGAUUUUAUCAGCGGUGCAGCUACAAAGGAAGACGCAAUCGAGAUACGCAAUGCACUUAUAAAAUUAAUGUCUACAGCUAAAUUAGAGCUAGGUAAAUGGGCGUCUAACGAUUCGGAUAUAAUUCGAGAUAGUUUCGACAACAAUGUCGGCUUAGUGGAUUUUCAAGAGACCAGUAAUGAUGUAACUAGAAUACUUGGUCUAUAUUGGGACUCUCACACCGACGAACUUAAAUAUAAGAUUAACGAAACUUCGUUAGUAACGCCUCUUACUAAACGCAAUAUAUUGUCCGAUAUUGCACGUAUAUACGACCCACUCGGAUUAAUUGGUCCGGUAAUAGUAUGUGCAAAAUUAAUCAUGCAAGAGUUAUGGAAAGAGGGUUUAUCUUGGUCAGAACCGGUUUCGGAAAGGAUAAGCAGUGAGUGGUAUAAAUACAAAUCCGAAUUAUCGCAUCUAAAUGCAAUUAAAAUUCCGCGUCAAAUUACGAUAAACGAUGAAAUACACUAUAUACAAAUACACGGUUUUGCGGACGCAAGUAUUAAGGCAUAUGGAUGUUGUUUGUAUUUACGUUGUACGGACAUGAAUAACAAACAUACGGUUCGAUUAAUUUGCGCAAAGUCAAAGGUAGCACCACUAAAAAUAUUAUCGCUACCGCGAUUAGAAUUGUGUGCCGCUUUAUUGCUAGCAAAGGUAGCAAAUAAGAUCGUACCAAGGUUGAAAUUGUCAAUCAGUAAAACAUAUUACUGGACCGAUUCCAGCGUCACAUGGUGUUGGAUCACGUCAACGUCGAAAAAAUGGAAAACCUUCGUCGCACACAGAGUUGGUCAAAUUCAAGAGAUCACGUCUCCCUCAAACUGGUUUCACAUUAGCGGUGUCGAUAAUCCGGCGGACGUGAUUUCACGCGGUUGUUGUCCCACCCAAUUAGCGAGUUUAUCAGUUUGGUGGAACGGGCCAAGUUGGUUGUCACGACACGAAAACGAGUGGCCUGAUACGGUGAACCACUCAUUAGAUUGUAACGAGGAGAGCGCAGAAAUAAAAAUAAAUGCGAUAAGCGCUCUAUGCACUACGGCAAGUGAUAUAAAUAUCAUAAAUCGUUAUUCGUCUUUUGGUAAAUUGUGA